CAACAGGAAGCUAUCUGGGAGUUAAUAGAAACAGAAAAAUCUUUUAUAAAAAAUCUCAAUGUUAUAACUGAUGUAUUUAAAAAUUGUUUGUUAAAUAUUCAGAAUAACCAGUUAUUAUCAGAGAUUGAAACAGAGCAGUUAUUUAGUAAUAUUGAUGCCUUGGAAGAAGUCAACUGUCAGUUCUGGGAACAACAUAUAUUACCAGUUUUAAAUGACAGUAGAUCGUCACGGCAACCACUUAAUCCAUCCUUAUUUAAACAGGGUUUUACAACACAGUUCCAUAAAUUAUUUCACCCCUAUGUAAAAUGGUGUAUUGAUCAGAAAAACUGUGUUGAUUAUCAACGAACUAAAUAUAGUGAAAAUGAACUCUUUAAAACUUUUGUUGUGUGGGCAGAAGCACAACCACAAUGUAAAAGAUUAAAACUAACAGAUUUAUUGGCUAAACCUAUGCAGAGAUUAACUAAAUAUUCUCUACUGGUGAAUGCUAUAUUAAAGAAAACAGAAGAUCCUCAUCAAAGACAGGAUUUGGAGGAAAUGAUUGAACAUAUAGACAGAUUUGUAACCCAUGUGAAUACACAGUUACGUAAUCAACAAGAACAGGAGCGAUAUGAGUCAAUUAUAGCUAAAAUAGAACCUUAUGAUGCUAUUGAGGCCCCAAAUGAAGAGUGCGUUAAGAUUCUGCAAGAAUAUAACACGAACUUUGACCUGCGUGCUCCAAUGCCUGGUAUUAACCAAGUCAGUAGAAAAUUAUUGAUGCAGUCUGCAUUGAAAUUAAAAGAUGCUCAAGCCAGGAUGGAAGUAGACUGUUUUCUAUUCACUGAUUUGUUUUUAAUCUGUAAAUCUAAUAAAAGAAUGGAUAAAUAUAAAGUAUUAAAACCUCCAAUGAGACUUGAUAGAAUUCUGGUACAUGAUCUUAAAGAUAAAGGGAGUUUUCUGUUAAUAUAUUUAAAUGAAUACCAUGUACCAAGUACAGCCUAUACCUUCCAUGCUAAUGAAUCAGCUGUUAAAUGCUGGCUGGAAUAUAUCAAAAAAGCUCAGGUUAGUAUCUGUUUAUUGUCUUGGUCUAGGAGCUAG